AGCUUUGCAUCCUCAUCAAGUGAUGCUGUGAUCCUCAUCCCCUGAAACAUGACAUCAUUCAGAAAGGCUGUAUGUGGAGGGUUGAGGAGGCGUUCAAAACUGCAAAUCCCAGACUGUGACUGCACGGCUGUUGUUGCAAAGGGCGUGGGCAUUGUCUUUUGUAUUAUUACAUAGCUACAUGGCUCCUCCGGGUGUGAAGGAUGUAUUUGUCACCUCGCAGCUGCUUUUGAGCAUCGACACCUGCAAGAAAACGACCAAUUACGGAUGAAGAAACACUGUCGGCUUCCAUUCAACCUGACUGAACGUUUGACAUUCGAACGCACCCUUUUGCGAUACUUCCGACAAAAUGCCAAAGGAUAAAUAAAUAGACUGAACCUUGUCUAGUUUUCUCUAUAGCCUCAACUAAGCUGCUGCCUCUGCUUCCAUCAGUCUCUUAUGGCUUUUAUCAGUGCUGCCAAUUUAGGAGAAUAGUGCGAUAAUCACAGCCGGUUCAAGUCCGAUAUGGCAGUGAGCACAUCUGAGCCGCUCUGUCAGCCGUGCGUUUACCAUGAAGCGUUUAAAGGGGGUGAAGAAGAAGAAAAAAGGGGGGAGAUGUCAGACAGGCCUACUGAUUUGGUUGCUGUGUGGUCAGUGGAGCUACAGGUGAAGAGACCUCUGAUGCCUGUCCAGCUGAGUCCAGAGCAGGUGGGCCUGGAGAUGUUGUGUCUUUGUGGGCAGCUGGACCUCCUCAUCAGGGCGCAGAUGCAGCAGUUCCAGGAGCAGUUAGGACAAGGCUGUAGCCCAGAGGAGUCAGACACUUUCCAGGCUCAAGGAUCAGAGAUUCUUGACCAGAUGCUGCAGUGCCUUGAACAUCUACCAAAGCCUAUGCCACAGCUGGAGGACUACCUGGACAUGGUGGGUCUGUCAGUAAUGUUUCCUCGUGUAGAGGUGUUCCUCAUUCAAGGAAGCCCAGUGGACAUGCUGGAGAGGCCGCCAAUGGACGGUAAGACAAUACACAUUCAUCCCCAGCCAGGAGGAAGAACCAUAUUUCAAUCUGUUAUUGUUUUUGAAGACAGAUUAUGCAUGUUUUUAUAG